CGCUGUGUCGGCGCUCCCGAUUGGCUGGCCGCCCCCCCCCUCGGGCCGGGAUUGGCGCGGCCGCCAGGAGCCCGCGGGCGGCGGGUGCGCGCGCAGACCGGUCCCCUCCGGGCACGCACGGUCCCUUAUAGGUGGCCGGAGCCCCCCAGAGCCGCCGACAUGUCGGUGUCCCCUGUGAAGCGGCAGAAGAUGGAGUCGGCGCUGGACCAGCUCAAGCACUACACCACGGUGGUGGCCGACACCGGCGACUUCAACGCCAUCGAGGAGUACAAGCCUCUGGAUGCCACCACCAACCCGUCCCUGAUCCUCGCCGCGGCCCAGAUGCCAGCGUACCAGAAACUCGUGGAUGAUGCUGUUGCCUAUGGGAAGAAGCUUGGUGGGUCAGAAGAGGAACAGAUCAAAAAUGCUUCUGACAAGCUUUUUGUAUUGUUUGGAGCUGAAAUCCUCAAGAGGAUACCCGGCCGUGUGUCCACAGAAGUAGAUGCAAGGUUGUCCUUCGAUAAGGAAGGAAUGAUCCAAAGGGCCCGGCGCCUCAUCGACCUCUACAAGGAAGCAGGAAUUGGGAAAGAUCGGAUUCUCAUCAAGCUCUCCUCGACGUGGGAAGGAAUCCAGGCUGGCAGGGUCCUGGAGGCAGAGUAUGGGAUCCACUGCAACAUGACCUUGCUGUUCUCCUUUGCUCAGGCUGUUGCCUGUGCUGAAGCUGGAGUUACUCUGAUCUCCCCAUUUGUGGGAAGGAUCCUGGAUUGGUAUGUUGCAAAUGGAGACAAGAAAACCUAUGAGCCUUCAGAGGACCCAGGAGUGAAGAGUGUCACCAAGAUCUACAACUACUACAAAAAGUUUGGCUACAAAACCAUCGUGAUGGGCGCGUCGUUCCGAAACACGGGCGAAAUCAAAGCACUCACAGGCUGUGACUAUCUCACCAUUUCACCCAAGCUCCUGGCAGAGCUCAGCAAAGAGCACGUCAAGUUAACUCCCACACUCAGUGUGAAAGAGGCUCAGGCAUGUGACCUGGAGAAGAUCCACCUGGAUGAGAAGGCGUUCCGCUGGCACCACAACGAGGACCAGAUGGCCGUGGAGAAGCUCUCCGAUGGGAUCAGGAAGUUCGCUGCAGAUGCAGUUAAGCUGGACAGGAUGUUAAAGGAGCGAAUGUUCAGCGCUGAAAACGGAAAGUAAAACCAAGAAAAAUCAGCACUUCCUUGAGGGCUCCAGGAUGAGCAGAUCACCUGAGGUUCAGUGGAUGUACAAAUGUCUUACCUGUAAAAGUAUCAUGCUGUGUAUGGAUAGAUUUCUGUAUCAUGCCCUUCUUUUUUUUUUUUUUUUUUUUUUUUUACCAAUUUGCAAAGGGACAAAUAGAACAUCAAAUUUUUGUGGCA